AUUGUCUCAUGGAUUCACAGUCUACAGAAAUGCAAACAUGACAUUAUAUUGAUAGAUAGCAGGAAGUCACAGAAACAAAGCUGUCCUCAAACUGAGCAGCUAGAGAAAUCCCUGAUGGUAGUGAAAGGGUUAACACCAGCAUCUCAAACACACACACACUCUAGAAGCGCAACACAGUGACAAGUCCCCCCCCUUUACAAUCCAGCUUCGGGCAGUGGAGUCUGAUUGGAUAAAGGCACAACUACCUCAUAAAAAUAUGAAUAAAUAGAGGUGCAGAGAAUCUGUGCACACUGUUCUAAGGCUCUGGACAUCAGGCUGUUUUUUAUCUGGCUAUUUACUGUGCAGUGCAGAUAUGACACUAUCCGUCAAGGAAAAGAAUCAUUUCAGGCUGGUGUUCCUAGGAGCAGCAGGCGUGGGGAAAACCUCACUCAUCCAUCGGUUCUUGCAGGACACCUUUGAACCCAAACACAAGAGGACAGUGGAAGAGUUGCACAGCACAGAGUACGAAACCACCGAUGGGGAACAAGUGAAAAUUGAAAUCCUGGACACCACUGGUAGCUAUGAAUUUCCAGCUAUGAGGAAGCUAAGUAUGAGGAGCGGAGAUGCUUUUGCUCUGGUUUACUCUGUGGACAACCCAGAUUCUUUCGAGAUAGUGAGGAGGUUACGAGAGGAGAUCCUAGAUGUAAAAGAAGAGAAACGUCCACCAAUGGUUAUAGUUGGCAACAAAAAGGACAAUGUUGAUGCCCAGAAGGUUUUUUGGGAUGAUGUGAUGACUACAGUGGAGCUGGAGUGGAACUGUCGUCUGCUGGAGACAUCUGCAAAGGAGAACUUCAAUGUGACAGAGGUAUUCAGAGAACUGUUGCGAGAGGUCAACCUUCCAUGUCGUUUAAGUCCUGCGCUGAGAAAGAGGAGAGAGACAAUCCCCAACGAGCAGAACUGCAAGCCUCCAAUGAAUAAGACCAACAGCUGCAGCAUCUGUUGAUACUUGAUUCAUCGCAGACAUUGAGGGGGAGGGGGAACAACAUGGUGGGUAACAAUCAUGUCUGAAAAAGAUUGUCAAUUACAGGAAAAACCCAUUGCAAUGUAAAUAUGAACAGUGUUUGUCAGGGAUGGAGGCUCUGAUGCUAAACUAGCACUUCUCAAAAUAAGACAAGGGUUGCUCAAAGCCGCUCCAGUCUGAACUUAUGUCAUGACUUGUCCUUAGAGAGAUCAAACUAAACACCUAGAUAGCUUGUACGUCUUAGCCUACAAGACUGCAUUGUUUCAUUGUCAUUGUUGUUAAUCUUGCAUACGAGCAAUGCUACCUAUCACUGUAACCACAAUGUUCUAGCUGGAGAACUGUGUACUUUAUAAUAAAGGUAUUGG